AUGUUGUCAUGGCCCUACGAGAAGGCAGUUUCUGCCCAGGAGCGUCUAAAUGGAGCUGUGAAGCAGGUUCACAGCGCCAUUGGCACUGCCUGGGGGGUGGCAUCUUGGGCUUCUGGUGUACCUGGCCGAUUGCUGGGGAAGGAAGCGGCAUGGUUGGCUGCUGAUACGGCCAAGUUUGUUGUGGCAGACCUGCCGCCGGUGCUCGUGGGACGCACAGCGGAUCUGAGCCGGGCUCUACUUCAUGUGAGUCUUACUGAUGUACUUCAUGACCCAAAAGGCUCUGCAGCACUUGCGACACACAAAGCCUUGGACCUCUUAGGAGGUGGUUUCGUCAAGAUGGCACAAGUUGUAGCACACUCACCGGCACUCUUCCCUGAGCCCUUUGUGCGAGCAUGUCGAGGCAGCCUCGCCCAGGCUGUCACACCUCCGGCGCCGAUGGAUGACGUUGAGCGGAUUCUGCUGGAGGACCUCGGCUUGAAGUUGAGCGACCUCUUUGAGAGCUUUGACCCCAAACCCAUCGCAGCAGCCUCCAUCGCCCAGGUGCAUGCAGCGCGUCUCCGAUCCGGGGAGCUGUGUGUGGUCAAGGUGGUCCGCCCUCACGUGCGCGAGCGCCUGAGCGCGGACUUUGCGGCUGCCACGCUAUUUGCACGGCUGGCGGAUUUGGUCCUGGGGGAGGAUUUGGUGCUGCAGAUGGUCAGCGCUUCUUUGGCUGGCUGUGUGGAGGAGCUACGUACUGCAGUGAUGGCAGAGUGCGAUUUGUCGGUGGAGAGGCAAAACAUUGAGGAUUUUCGACACUGGUUGGACACCUCUGUGACAGUCCGUCGGGCGCGGCUGCAGAAGGCAGUGAAGGUGCCACGCACCUUCUCUGGGGCCUCCGCAUCACGGGUGCUCACAAUGGAGCGGAUCGAAGGGGUGCCCUUCUCCGACAUUUGUGCAAAUCACCAGCAAGAUGCUCCGGAGAAUUGGCAAAAUGCGCUCACCUCUGCCUUGUCGGUAGCAGCAUUGUCAGUGAUCGAUGGCACAGCCAUUUUCCAUGCAGACCUGCACUGCGGCAACAUGAUCGCAGUGCCAGGUCUCUCAGGCGGAUGUGAACAGGUCGCUUUCAUAGACUUUGGCUGCUGCGGAAAGCUGCCUGCACCUUUGAGAGGAACGCUAUUGAUGCAAGCCUCAGCCUUCGCUGGUUCGAGGCCUGACGUCAGGCAGUUCUGUGAGGGCUUUGCCCACGCUUUGCAGCGCAUCCCAGAGCUCGGCACUGGCGAGGUCUUGGAUGUUGACGCGCUGGCUGAAGAUAUGAAGCCAGUGCUGCGCGAGCUACAACGCUUGAACCCUUUCAGAGGACGCUCAGAUCCCAUGAGCCCAGCGUUGCAUAUGGAGCUCUUCCGAUUGCAAGGGGUCUUGUGCCGACAUGGUGUACAGCUGCCCCGUGAAUUUGCUCUCUUAAUCAAGACGGGUUGCUUUGGAGCCUUAUACUUCUCUUUGCUGGAUGAGCAGCACCGCCGACGGCUUUUCUCGCAGCUCAUGGUCGCUGGAGCGGCCUAUGCCGCUUCCAAUCCCAAGGAUGCGAAGCAGCUGCUGAGACCUGCCAAGCUGGCCGCGUUGCUCGCAGCACUACAUACUAGUGACAGGAGCGUCACACUUGAUCGCAUGAAGCCUUUGAUGCUUGUAGCAGCUUGCAUUGCAGUCACCGUACCUUUGGUGGCCCGCCAGAUGCAAAUGUAG